GAUUGGCUCGCGGCCGCCCCUCACCCCGCGGUGUGACGUCAGACGGCAGCAAUGGCGGCGCUCAGGGCCAGGGCCAACGCCGCCUAUCGGCGCGCGAUCUUGGCGCUGAAGCAUGCAGCAUCCCACUCCAGAUCCAGCUUUCCAGUUUCUCGUGCAUUGUACUCCACUGUUCAUGAUGCAUAUGAACCCACAUUUGAUAAAAUCCUCAUUGCGAACAGAGGAGAGAUUGCCUGCCGGAUCAUGAAGACUUGCAAAAAGAUGGGGAUAAAAACAGUUGCAAUUCACAGUGACGUGGACUCCAACGCUGUUCAUGUUAAGAUGGCAGAUGAGGCUUCCUGUGUUGGACCAGCCCCCUCCAACAAAAGCUACCUCAACCUGGAUGCCGUCAUGGAAGCCAUUCAAAAGACUGGUGCCCAAGCUGUCCACCCAGGAUAUGGAUUUCUUUCAGAAAACAAAGACUUUGCGAGACGUCUGGCUGCUGAAGGUGUCGCCUUCAUUGGACCUGACACACAUGCCAUUCAAGCCAUGGGUGACAAGAUUCAAAGCAAGCUAAUAGCCAAGAAGGCAAACGUCAACACCAUCCCUGGUUAUGAUGGAGUGGUAAAGAAUGUUGAUGAAGCCGUCAAAAUUGCCAGAGAAAUAGGGUAUCCCGUCAUGAUCAAGGCUUCAGCAGGAGGUGGUGGGAAAGGCAUGAGAAUAGCCUGGGACGAUAACGAGACCAGGGAAGGAUUUAGAUUUUCAUCACAGGAAGCUGCCUCAAGUUUUGGAGAUGAUCGCCUCUUGAUUGAGAAGUUCAUUGAUAAUCCUCGGCACAUUGAGAUUCAGGUUAUAGGAGACAAACACGGUAACACACUUUGGCUGAAUGAGAGAGAGUGUUCCAUUCAGAGGAGAAAUCAGAAAGUUGUAGAAGAGGCACCAAGCACCUUUCUGGAUCCAGAGACUCGAAGAGCCAUGGGAGAACAAGCAGUGGCGUUGGCAAAAGCUGUCAAUUAUUCCUCUGCUGGCACAGUUGAAUUCCUUGUCGACUCAAAGAGGAGCUUUUAUUUCUUAGAAAUGAACACUCGACUUCAGGUUGAGCAUCCUGUCACUGAAUGCAUUACUGGCCUGGACCUGGUCCAAGAAAUGAUCCGCGUUGCCAAGGGUUACCCACUUUGCCACAAGCAAGCUGAUAUUCCCAUCAAUGGCUGGGCAAUAGAAUGCAGAGUGUAUGCAGAGGAUCCCUACAAAUCCUUUGGACUACCUUCAAUUGGGCGUCUCUCUCAGUAUGAAGAGCCAUUACACGUGCCCAACGUUCGUGUUGACAGUGGCAUUCAGGAAGGAAGUGACAUAGGCAUUUAUUACGAUCCUAUGAUUUCAAAAUUAGUUACCUAUGGAGCCAACCGUGCAGAGGCAUUGCAGAGAAUGGAAGAGGCACUGGACACUUAUGUAAUUCGAGGAGUGACUCACAAUAUUCCACUGCUCCGGGAGGUUAUCAUCCAUCCACGCUUUGUGAAAGGAGACAUCACCACAAAUUUCCUUCCAGAGGUCUAUCCUGAUGGUUUCAAAGGGCAUAAACUGCAAGAGUCUGAGCUCAAGGAACUGUUAGCCACAGCUGCAUCGAUUUACGUGGCUUCUCUGCUCAAGGCUCAGCGAUUUCUCAGAAGGUCCACAAGGGCUCCUGCUGCUAAACGAGAAGAGAGGAGCUGGGAGCUGUCAGUACAGCUGGAUGAUGGGACGCAUUCUGUUACAGUCUCACAAGCAGGUUCAUCAUACAUUGUGGAGGUUGAUGGAAAGACACUAAGUGUGACCAGUGAAUGGAACCUAGCUUCACCUUUGUUGCCCAUCACCAUUGAUGGAACCCCAAGGACCAUUCAGUGCCUUCACCGAGAUGCAGCCGGGAAUAUGAAGAUUCAAUACCUUGGGACAGCGUACAAAGUCCAAGUGCUGACCCAGCUAGCAGCAGAGCUGAAUAAGUACAUGCCUGAGAAGGUGCUAGAGGACGUUGGCAACCGUAUAAUGUCACCAAUGCCUGGAACAAUUGUCAGUAUAGACAUUGCAGUUGGAGAUGAGGUUUCAGAAGGUCAGGAGGUCUGUGUAAUCGAAGCAAUGAAAAUGCAGAACAGUUUGAUAGCAACUAAAUCUGGGAAGGUUAAAGUGUUAAACUGCAAGCCAGGAGACACCGUGGGAGAAGGAGAUGUUCUCAUGGAAUUUGAGUGACGUCCAUUUUACAGAGGAGUGUUUUAGAAGAUUUACUUUGCAUCAUGUCUCCAGAUUUUUGAUCGUAACUCUGAUCUACAACUCCAGUACACAUUCCGAUAUGGAUUUUUUUUAUGAUGCCUCUAAUAAUUUAUUCACUUUUGCAGAAUGGGGGAAAAGUGUUUUGUAGCGUAGGUCAGUACUUUCACAUUUGGCCUGAACGGUUGAUUACAAUAGUAAAUCACUAAUAGAAUACAGACAAUUUUUUUCAGAAGUGACUUCCUCAGAACUGAAUACAGAUUAGAUCGUCCAUGAAAUAAGGUUACUUUGUUUUUUGUGUUCAACCUGCCCAAUUGAUUGACGCUGCUACUGGUCUUAUUGGCAGAUGCUAAUAACAUUGAAUCCACAAAAAUCAUACAAAUUAAAUGAGGCCAUUCAGUCCCUCAAGCCUGCUAUGCCAUCAAAUAAGGUUGUAGCUUUUCUGAUUUCAACCCCUUGCUGAUCAAGAAUCCAUCCUUCUCUGCCCCAGAAAUAGUCAAGGAUCCUGAAUUUUUUUUCCCUCAAAAAGUACAUUCUGAAAGAAAAUAAUUGCCAAUCUCCUUUUAAAUGGGCAUCUCUUAUUCUUAAAGGGAACCUCUACUUUUUCAAUUUUGCUACAAGAUGCUACAACCUCUCCCCAUCCACUCAGGCAGGCCUCACUCCCACAGUAGCUGUGUUGACAAUGCAAUGGGUGGAAUUGUUUUUUUUUUUGUUGCCUAAUUUUGUGACUACAUUACAUUGUAUUGGCCUGGAGCACCCAGUAUUUACUAUCAUAUGAGGUUAGAAAUAAAAUGCUGGAGUAACUCAGCGGGACAGGCAGCAUCCCUGCCUGACACCAUUUUGUGUCUACCUUCGAUUUAAACCAGCAUCUGCAGUUCUUUCCUACACAGCACUGUGAUGAGUCAUCUCACCCUCAAAAAUACAGCAUUGCUGCAAGGUCAGUAUUUGCUCAGGUCUGCACUGUGAUCUGACAAUAAUAAUGCUUCCCACAACAUUGUUUGCAGCCUGCUACCAUGUUCCGACUUAAAUGGGGCUGACAACUCCAAAUCCGUAAGUAAAACAGCCUUCAAAAAUGCAGAGCCAAGAUUGAAAGUAACCAAUGCAAAGAUGGAUGAAUGUGCCUACCUUGAAUAAUGACUUACCUGUACAUUACUAAUCUUAACCAAUGAAAUAAAAAAAAGAUACAGA